CCCAUGAAAUUAAUAGGUUUCAGCCCAUAUGGCCCUUCUUUCAUGGACAUGGUAGCUCUGUGUUUUGGAGGGUAAUCUCUGCACUUUCCCUGUUUUUUUUCCUACUAGUAUCAAAUCAAAGAUCGGAGAACCGAGUUGAAACCAACCGCUCUCUAAUGGAUUGAGCCAAAUGAGUUAUCCACAAACCUGAACUUUAGCAGAGUAUAUAUACAAGGAGCUGGCCAAAAGGGUCUCUCUUUCACACUUUACCAUUAGCAGAGAACCAUUCUUCAAAUUUUGGGUCCGUUUGGUUGCUGAGGAAUUGAAAGAGGAGUAAAAUAGAUUUAGCUGUCCUGAGAAUCUUAGCCUUCUCUUAGCAACGAAACGACCCAAAUUGGGUUAUUGGAAGGAACUUCCCUUGGUGUCGUCGCCGUUGAUUAGUCCGUCUCACAAUCAGGAUGCAGCUAGAGUUUACGGCUGAUACUACUAACCUGAGCUAUUGGUUGAACUGGAGAGUCUUGCUAUGUGCAAUUUGGUUAUUCACACCGAUUGUUAUAGCAUUAUUAAUGAUAUGGAAAUAUGAUGCUUCAUGCCAUUUGAAAUCUGACAGGAGAGAAACUCAGCAGGAUGCAAAUCAGGAUUUAUGCGGUGAUAAAGCGUGGAAACCGUGCCUCAAAGAAAUUCACCCAAUUUGGUUGCUGAUUUAUCGAGUAACUGCAUUCUCUCUGCUUUUGGCAACACUGAUUGCCAGAGUUGUUAUCAGUGGAGGUGGCAUAUUUUACUACUAUACUCAGUAUAGCUCGAAAGCCGACAUAUAUUCGAUUCGAUACUUGCACCUCCCCCAAAUCACGAGGGCCAACAACGGCACGCGACCUCCGCCUCCCGCCUUAUCUCCAUUGACAAGGUUCCCGCCGGCGAAGGAGCCUUCUUCGACAGCUAAUCUAAAACUUUACCUAAACUCUACUCCAAUAGACAUGGGAACUCGGAGUACGUUAUGGAGUUUUGCCAACAAGUUUUUCACAUGUGGGGUCAUAGGUGUCUAUGUUUCAGAUCGAUUUGUGGGUGUUGCUCCGGUGUGCGGUUCCUCUAUGUCGCCUACGUUAAAUCCUGGAACUACUUCUUUAAUGGGCUUGCCAAUUGAUGACUAUGUUUUGGUGGAGAAACGGUGUCUUCAAAACUACAAGUUUUCACAUGGUGACGUGGUUGUUUUCAGUUCCCCAAGCAAUCACAAGGAGAGGCACAUAAAGAGAAUAACUUUAUUACCUGGUGAGUGGAUUGGAACUCGUCAUUCCUAUGAUGUGCUGAAAAUUCCAGAAGGACAUUGUUGGGUUGAGGGAGACAACUCAUCUUCUAGCUUGGAUUCAAGAUCAUUUGGCCCAAUUCCUCUGGGUCUAGUUCAAGGAAGGGUUACCCACAUUGCGUGGCCUCCUCAGAGAAUUGGUGCUAUUGAGAAAAGAACACCCCAACACACAAUUUCUUCUUCAUAGUUGGACAUCACUUGCGAAUCCCAUUUUUUCAAGGGGAAAACAUACUUCUUUGUAGACUCCUUAUAUUUUUUACCAUAUGUCAUAGCAGCACCUUCUGAUUGGAUUUUGUUUGUCAAGGAAAAUCAAAUUAUGGAUCUUGCAACUUCUGACUCUCCUAGAGGUGCAUUCAUCAGUUCUUCAUUAUCGCAUGUAACUAGCAACAGAGUUCCAGGAUAAUCAAGUUUCUUUGUUUUAGCUCUAUUAUGGUUUUAAAUUUUAGUUAUUUUUAUGUGCUGAACCUUUGCCUAUUGAUCAUGAAACUAACAAGAAUGUACUUUGUGAUUCAAGAGACGCACACAAUUCACUAUGAGCUAUUUUUAUGUCACUUGCUUUUGGCCAAUGGAAAGAGAGAAGGGAACAAAAAAAGUUGUCAUGGCUAGUUGGAUUGGAUGUAUAACAAACAAUCUCAGGCUGGUUAAUGGCUUACAUGAAAUCAGGGAAGAAAAAAUAAAAGAUAAGGCUUCCCAAACAUAUGAAAAUGUGAGUCAAUAGAGAUGUCUUCUUAAUGGCAUAGAGCCUCUCCUCUCCUAUCGAAAUGGGUUUCUUUGCUUGGUCUAGUCAGUAAUGUGAAACGUUUAUUGUGUCCUUUGGCACCUUCUUGGAAUUAGUCUCAUGUCCGCUCAUGGCAUGUCCAUAGCUAAAAAGAAUGAGUCAUCUCUUGGAAUAUACUCAAUUGAACCUUGGGUUAUUCUUCGCACUGUCUCUUCGCUUUUACAGCUAGAAGUUUUCAUAAAAAAGAAAAAGAAGCUCCAAUGUUACCAGGAUGUAAUGUUUUCUGGAUGCUGGACAGGUGGACUUUUACCUUGCUUACCAUUUAUUUUGGGUGUGGAUCUCUUCUCUCCAUUUCUGGAUGUUGGUGGUACAAUAAAAUCAGCAGCAUGGGUACGAAUACCAGGAGAAAGACUCAAAUCCUGAAGAGGAAAGUUGUCUUCACCUAGCAGCAGCCAAAUGCAGUUAUGUCUUUGAAGCUAUGUUCCAGAUGAAUGCUGGGGCAGUGAUGCUUACUGAUUGCGUUUAUUGGAUCGUUAUAUUUCCGUUUCUCACCAUCAAAGAUUACAAUCUGAAUUUUAUGACCGUGAACAUGCACACAAUCAAUGCUGUUUUACUCCUUGGCGACGCAAUGUUGAAUUGCUUGCGACUCCCCUUUGUUCGGAUAUCUUUAUUUAUUUUAUGGACAGAUGCUUUCGUCAUUUUCCAGUGGACCAUUCAUGCUUUUGUAUCAGUAUGGUGGCCAUAUCCAUUUCUUGACUUAUCAUCACCAUAUGCCCCGCUGUGGUACUUACUGAUGGCAUUGACUCAUAUCCCA